AUGCAGUUAAUGACCAUCAUAACUAUAUUGCCGGUUAUUGCAUUCAGUUAUGGAGAUUAUUUAGAGUCCAAUUUUGAAUUCCUUGGUCAUGUUCCUACACCAGUCAGUGCUGAUUCUGCGAAUUGCAGUGGAAAUCUUGUUCACCUGGCGACAUCUUCAUAUUCAUUUUUUCGAGAGUUUUCAAAUGGAAAUACAAUUGAACUAUAUUGCGACAUGGAAACAGAAGGCGGCGGUUGGAUAGUCUUUCAAAAACGCAUGGACGGAAGUGUUAAUUUCUACAGGAACUGGAAUGAUUAUACCGAUGGGUUUGGGAACUUUAAUGAAUAUUAUAAAGGAAAUCAGGCAUUGUAUGAAGUUGUGAAAGAUGGAAGCUUCAAACUUAGAAUAGACAUGGAAGACAAAACAGGAGAAUGGCGAUACGCAAAGUAUUCACAUUUCUCGAUAGGUGGUCCCGAUACAAACUUCACGUUGAGCGUCUCUGGAUAUACGGGGAAUGCUGGUGACAGCUUGCGUCCUCACAAUGGUCAACAGUUUACUACAUACGACAGGGAUAACGACUUAAAUCCAACUGGUAAUUGUGCAGAGGUUUUUAGGGGUGCUUGGUGGUAUAAAAAGUGCCAUGCAAGUAAUCUGAAUGGCGAAUACGGAAAUGAUUUGUAUGGAAAAGGUUUAAACUGGUUUGGAUGGCAUGGUAACUACUAUUCACUGAAAUCAUCAAAGAUGAUGGUCAGGAUAAAAAGAAUGUGA